AUGGCACUCGAACUAAAAGAAAAGGGCAACCAGCUCUUUAAAGAAGGCGAUUACAAUGGCGCCGAGGAGAUGUAUUCACAAGCAAUUCUCAAGAACCCCAAAGAACCCACCUUCUUCUCCAACCGCGCCCUGACCCGCAUCCGACUCGAAAACUGGGCCGGAGUCGAGCACGACGCCCGCGCCGCCAUCGAUCUCUACGGCGCCAAAUCCCCCACCAGUCUGAAAUCCUCCUGGUACCUGGCACAAGCGCUGUUGGGCCUGCAACGGCCUCAGGAAGCAUACGACGUAGCCAUUGAGGCGUAUAAGGCGAGUCUGGCGGCGAAGAACAUCCAGACGGAGAAUUUGUCGCGGACGGUGUUGCGCGCUAAGCAGGCGAUUUGGGCGGCCAAGGAGACGGCGCGGAUAAGGGAGUUGGAUGAGACGUUGGCGAGUGUGGAAGGGCUGAUUGAGGCGGAGGUGGAGAGGGGGGUGUCGGAGUUGAAGGCGCGGUUGGAGAAGGGUGAGAUUGGGGAAAUUGGGUUUAGGGAGGAUGAGAGGGAGAUUAGAGAGGAUGCUGAACGGAAGGUGCAGAGGGUGAGGGAGGUGUUUGGAAUUGCGUCGGAGGGGAAGGUGGCUGAGAGGGUUGUGCCUGAUUAUCUGGUGGAUGGAAUUACGUUUGAGAUUAUGCAUGACCCUGUUAUUACACCUUCUGGGACCAGCUUUGACCGGGUCGGCAUCACCAAGUACGUGGAGCAGGCCAAGGUUGAUCCUAUCACGCGGGUGCCGAUGACGGUGAACGAUCUUCGGCCGAAUUAUGCGUUGAAGGCAGCGUGUGAGGAGUUCUUGGAUAAGAAUGGGUGGGCGGUGGAUUGGUGA